AUGGCACCGUACUCCAAGCCCGAGACGGUGUUGAAGCAGGCCGAAGGUCUUGUCUCCGUCGGGCAGAACCAUGCAGCUCUCCAGUCUCUCACCGAAAUGUUCUCCUCCAAACGAUUCCGCUCUACCCCGCUUGCCUCCCUUGAACCCAUUGUCGUCCGCUUUAUCGAACUUUGUGUCGACAUGCGCAAGGGUCGUACAGCCAAGGAGGGCCUCAUGCAAUACAAAAAUAUAGCACAAAACAGCAGUGUUGCAUCGAUCGAAGUCGUCGUAAACCGAUUUAUCCAGCUUGCCGAUGCCAAGGUGCAGGAAGCGCAGGAAAAAGCAGAUAAGGCAGUCGCACUCGACGUCGAUGAUCUCGAGGCUAGCGAGACCCCGGAGGGCAUCCUAUUGGGUGCGGUGAGUGGAGAUCAGAAUAAGGACAGGACUGAUCGGGCACUUGUCACCCCUUGGCUCAAAUUCCUCUGGGAGAGCUAUCGCACGGCCCUGGAAACAUUGAAAAACAAUGCGCGGCUGGAGGUUAUCUACCAGCAAGUUGCACAGCAAGCGUUCAAGUUUUGCCUGAAGCACCAGCGCAAGGUUGAAUUCCGCCGCCUGUGCGAAACCUUGCGGCUGCACCUGUCAAACGUAGCCAAGUAUGCCCACCAACCCCACGCGAUCAAUCUCUCGGACCCGGACGUCCUGCAGCAUUACCUGGACACGCGCUUCGCACAGCUGAACACGUCCGUCGAGCUCGAGCUAUGGCAGGAGGCAUUCAGGUCGGUCGAGGAUGUACACAAUUUGCUGACAAUGGCGAAGAAGGCGCCGCGGCCGGCCAUGAUGGCCAACUACUACGAGAAACUCACCCGCAUCUUCCUGAUGAGCGGCAACGCGUUGUAUCAUGCGGCUGCCUGGAAUCGCUACUACGCAGUUGUGACUGCGAUCGGCGGUAAGUCUCCAGAGGAGAUGGGCAAACUUGCGGGGCAGGUGCUCGUGAGCGCUUUGGCGGUGCCCGUUGGGCUACAGAGUGAGGAGAGUGCGGUAGAGGAGGGCAAGGGCAAGAAUGCACGGUUAACCGCGCUGCUUGGCCUGACCAGGCCGCCUACCCGAACAGGGCUACUGAAGGACGCUCUCGCACGCAACGUACUUAAGUUGUCGCCCAAGCUGGUGAAGUCGUUGUACAACAUCCUCGAAGUGACGUUCGAUCCUCUUAUGCUCUGUUCGUCUGUCGUGCCGCUGCUCAAGGAGCUCCCGCAAGAUGCCGCAUACGCAUCUUACGUCCCCCUCCUGCAACGCGCGCUGCUCUCCCGUCUGCUUUCCCAACUUUCCCAAGUUUACUCAUCAAUCACGAUCAGCAACCUGCUUGAGCUCGUUGAACCCCUGCGCAACACUGUGAUCGAGGGCUCCGCCUCGUACGAUGUCGAACAAGUCGAGGCAUACGUCAUGGGCUGCGCCCGGCGCGGCGAGCUCAGCGUCCGCGUGGACCAUAGCGAAGGCAGCAUCACGUUCGUGGACAACCCAUUCACGGCUGUCGAGGAUCCCAGCUCGUCCACGCCCAUGGCCAGCGUCAGCGCAGUGCAGCCAUCAACGUCCGAGUUCAUCCGCACACGACUCAGCUGCUUCGCGACGUGUCUCCACAAUUCGCUCAUCACGUUGUACCCACCCGCUGAACUCAGCGAGGAAGAGCAGCAGGCAAAGUUCGCGGCACUGGUGGGCGCUGCGCAGGCCGAGCGCAAGGCGCUGCAGCUGCGCCGUGCACUCGUGGCGCGCCGUCGCGAGCUCCUCUCUGAGUUAUCCGUCCGCAAGGAGAAGGAGGAGGCGAGCCGGCGUGCUGAGGUCAGUCGACGGGAGAAGGAGGAGGAGACCCGCAAGGCGCUAGAGGAUGUCAGAAGGAAGGAGACGGAGCGCGCCAAACGCGAAAUAGAAAACAUCAGGAACGAGGAGGCGAGGAAGCUCGCUCAGAGUCUGAAAGAGAAAGGCAGCCUCAAGGUUGAUAUCAAUGAUAUGGAAAACCUGAACACGGACAACCUUAUGCGACUGCAGGUUGAGCAGUUAGAGAAGGAGAAGAAGGAGCUUAACGAGCGCAUGCGCGUCGCAGCGAAGCGCCUCGAUCAUACCGAGCGUGCCUACCGUAAGGACGAACGGCCUCUCCUCGCUCAAGACUACGAGGCUCAGCAAACAAAUGACCGCGCCGCAUUUGAGGCCAGCCAAAAAGCUCGGCUUGGGGGCCAUAGACUUGCUCAUCAGCAGGAUCUAGAGACGAAGAAACGCCUAGCUCGUAUGACGGAGGAGUACGAUGCGAGACGGGAAGCCAUUGUGAGCAAGCGAGGCGAAGAGUUUGCCAAGAGGCAGGAGCAAGCGCGGAAGAAGAUUGAAGAGGAAAAGGCAAAGAGGAGAAAUGCCGUUCUCAAGGCACGCGAGGAGGAGAGACAAUUACGCGAAGAAGAGGAGCGAAUCAGGAGAGAGAAGGAGGAGGAAGAAGCAGCCAAGGAAGCAGAGCGUGUCGCAGAGCAAGAACGGCGCGCAGCGGAAGAAGCCGCUGUCCAUGAAGAGGUAGAAGCCAAAAAGCGGCGAGAAGAAGAGGAACGUGCAGAAACACGGAAGAAGAAGGAACUAGAACGAGCUGCGAUGUUGGAGACGGUUCGUCAAAAACAGCAACGAGAGGAAGAAGCCCUUGCGAAGGCUGCCGCUCGCGCUGCGGAGCGAACCAAUCCGCCAUCAACCCAAGUUCGCUCUUCUGCUAGUGGAGAAUCGGGUGCUUGGAGAAGGGCGACUCCGGCCGCAGCCACUCCUCCUCGCUCGGAAUCCCCUGCUCCUGCGAAGUUCAGACCAGGUGCCGCCCCAGGUGGAUGGCGUGCAAGAGAGGCAGCCAGGAAGGGCAGUGAAGCCGACGGAGGUGCUGCUCCUGCUCGUCCUGCUUCUCCUUCGAUCAGACAACCUCCUGCUAAAGAGACUCUUGCUCCCUCGCCCAAGGACGUUGAUGGCUUCCAGACCAUCGAGAAAAAGGGUGUUUGGCGUCCAUCAAGAGGUCGGGGCCGGGCGUUGUAA